CAAACAGCAAAGCUUAAUAAACCAUAACUUUAAAUAAAUAAAGCACUUCAAAUUGUGUCAAAGCUUCGAAAGCUUUCCUAAAUACAGGAAGUGGAAACACGUUGUGGUUUAAUGUCUCUGCACUGAAAGGAAAUCUGCAGUUUGAUCAGUGCUUUUACAGAUGAAAGACAAUGGAGAAGAUCAUGCUCUUUUGUGUUUUUUCAUACUUAAUUGUUCAGAUCACUUCUAGCGAUGCUUCAGAACAUAAUGUGACUCUGUUAAGAUUUCAGCUGAAUGAAAACAUCACUCUGAACUGCAACAUGACAGCCGUGUUUCAUGAAAUAGCCUGGUAUCACCAGAAUCCUGAAUCUGGACGACUAACAAUGCUGAUAUUUGCCUUAGCCAUGGGCAGGAUAAGAGAGCUAGUUUCAAACCGUCAAAACACUCGCGUAACAGUUAAAGAAGAUAGAAGUAGAAACACAGUCUCACUAGUUAUGACUGGACUAAUGGAGUCAGAUUCAGGUCUUUAUUUCUGUGGAACAAGAUCAGUGAAUUCAGACAUGCACUUUGAGAAACCCAUCAGACUACAGAUCGAGGACAGAGAAGACAAAGUUCAGUCCGUCACAGAUCCUCCAGAGGAAGAUGAGAACACAGAUGAAGUGACGCUGACGGAGCGUGUGCUGAUGUUCAGUGGUGUUGCUUUGGCUGUGUUUCUGUGUUUUCUGGUUAUAAUCAUUGCAGGAAGAAACAUUUACUGUCACGGUUGGCGGAAAGGAUGGAUCGCAGCCGAACAUGCUGGUCUGAAUGUUUAAAACUCACCUAAAUGACAUUUGUGAGCUUUAUUUUUUAACAAUAAUCAGCAUUUUAUACUUUACACCAGGCUCACCGAUGUGAUUCAGAUGUGUUUCUGUUGACCAGAUCUCAUAGACGUCUGUUUUAUCUGUUCAUGGCACAAACCUGUUCAAAUAAAAUGAAACAUUUCUGAACAAAUAAUCAGCAGUAAAACUAAGAAAUCAUGUCACGGUCGUAUUUUUGAUGAAAAAUUAUAGAAAUGAUCAUUAUUUGUAAAUGUGAUGUAGACCUAAACAUACUGUCUGUAACUGUAAUUAAACAGAAACAGGUGUGAAUGAAUAAGUUUGUGUGUACCACUUUA